AUGAUACCACUACUACGAGCACUUGUUAUUGACAUUCCGUUGAAUGCAAAAUGGACACAAAAUGCUCUGACUGUAGCUGGAGGAAAUGGAAAAGGCAAUAGAACCAAUCAACUCAAUGAACCAUGGACUUUAUAUGUUGAUGAUGAUCAAACAAUUUAUGUUGUUGAUUCGGAGAAUCAUCGUAUUGUGGAAUGGAAAUAUGGUGCAACGAGUGGGAAAGUAGUUGCCGGUGGAAAUGGAUACGGAGAUGCAGCUAAUCAGUUAAAAAGCCCAAUGGAGGUGAUUGUCGACAAAGAGAGAGAUUAUCUCAUCAUCUGCGAUCAAGGAAAUAAUAGAGUAGUUCGAUGGCCUCGUCGAAAUGGCGCGACUAGCGGAGAAACAAUCAUCUCAAACAUCUAUUGUACAGGUUUGACAAUGGACGAGAAUGGAUUUCUCUAUGUUAGUGACUAUGAAAACGAUGAAGUGAGACGAUAUAGAAUUGAUAAUGGUGAUACUAAAGGAAUAGUAGUUGCAGGUGGAAAUGGAAGAGGAAAUCGUCUCGAUCAAUUUAAUGGUCCCGCAUGCUUAUUUGUCGAUCGAGAUCAUUCAGUGUAUGUGUCUGAUACGGGACAUGAGCGUGUGAUGAAAUGGGAAGAAAGUGCAAAAGAAGGCAUUAUUGUAGCUGGUGGUCACGGAUGGGGAGAUAGUCUUAAACAAUUGUAUGGUCCUACAGGAGUUAUUGUCGAUAAAAUGGGCACUGUUUAUGUAGCUGAUUCUAUUAAUAAUCGAAUAAUGCGUUGGCCAAAAGGAAGCAAACAAGGAAGUGUGAUUGCUGGUGGAAAUGGUAAAGGAGGACAGUCGAAUCAAUUAAAUACUCCCAUGGGAUUAUCAUUCGAUCGUUAUGACAAUCUCUAUGUCGUCGAUCUCGAAAAUCAUCGAGUACAAAAAUUUAAUAUUGAAUAA